GACUGAUCCGCAAAAGUCGAAAGGCACGUUACCUUUAUGUCCAGACAUAAUGACCGAAGAGAAAUCAGCUGGUUUUCACUUACCGGAUAUAUGGGAUGAUGAUGAUGCGAUGUUUUCAUUGAUGCAGCCCAUUCGAAGAUCAAAGAUUAUAGAUCCAGUCGGUUAUAACGCUAAAAUUACGUUUUGGCGAAGGAUCUUAAUAUCAUAUGCAAAAAGUCAAAACGCAUUUGUUGUUUGUAAACAGUCACUUCAGAAACUGUUUACUCGACAUUUUCCCGUCGAAGGCGUGGAUUUAUUUCCCCAGUCACUCGGAGAAGUUAUCUCUGAUAUGGUAUCAGAAGGCUUACUGGAAACAAUCACUCCUCCUAGGAGUAUUCUAGGAAAUAUUUUCACGGUAUUUUCAUACGCGGUGCAGCAACCAAUAUCAUGGGCGUAUCAUUACUUCAAUGGUCAACACUUAUCCAAUGCAACAGAAUCUGAUGUAUCAAACCAACAGUUUGUAUUUAGUCAGUUUGCUGAAACUUCUGCUGUGGAAUUUUUGUCUUGGUUCCAUAAAAAUUAUCAUGACCAGAGAUUGUUACCGCAUUCGCCUGUUUAUGAACUAGACCUUUUCAACUCAGCCUUAUCAUCAUUUUACUCACAUACUGCUACUCGUGAAUAUAUAUGGGACUUAAUGAACAGUACUAAGCAUUGCGUCUCCGUGGAAAUCACUUCUACUUCCAACUCCCAACUGAUCAAGAUUAUUCGUGUUAGCGACAAUAUAAAUGCCCGACCAACCAAGCCAUCUGAUUCUGAAGCUGCCAAAACAGAGUUAUCUGCGUUAAAUGGGAUAGUUCAGCUUAAAUCUACAAUUAAGCAAUUAGAAAAUGAGGAGAAAAGAUUAGAGACAACAAUUGAUCAGCGUCGUGAUCAGAUCAAGUCUCUAUUACUAAACAAAAAGAAUUCAGAAGCGAAGUCUUUGUUAAGGCGUACAAAAGUAAUCGAAAAAUCUCUGGAACAGAAACAGAUUCAGCUUAACAAUCUUGAGACAAUGUUACUUGACCUAGAAUCAGCGACGGAAAACAGAAACAUUGUACGCGUUUUGAGUAGUGUAAAUGAAGCACUGAAACACGCUGUAGGUGGAUCUGAUGCUUUAAGUAAAGCGGAAGGGAUCGUAUAUGAUGUAAUGGAUAGAAUUCAUGAAAGUCAAGAUAUAUCAGACGCCUUCGCUUCUUUAGGACGUAAUUCUCUUGGUUUAGAAGAAACAAAUGAUUUGGAGCAUGAACUUGAAGAAUUCCUUGAUACUUCAAAGAAAUCUUUGUCUUCAGCAGAAAUACAUCCCAGUUAUGAUGAUUUAGAAGCUGAACUUGCUUCUCUGACAUUAGAAAAAGAUAAAGAAGUACCAGUAUCAGAUCAAGGUUUACUUCCCUCUAAACAGAAGCCUAUUUUACUUAAUGAAUGAAGCAUAUCAUAUAACUAACUUAUUUUAUCUUCACCCUUGAGCUUUCAACCCUCCUAAAUUUUGGCGUAACAAGAUGAAUACUAGUUAAGAGUUCAUAAUUGUCUUUAACUUGAGGUUUUUGUUUUCAUCAUUGUAAAUUUAAUUGUCUUCCUUGUUUUCUCGUCAAAUCACAGCCUUUCAUAAUAACUGACUUCAUUUCAUUGAAAUGAUUACAUAACAGGUGUUAAAUGUCACUUCCUUUGAAUUCAAGAGUUCUGUCCACGUAGCAAUAAAUUUUCUGGGUAACUAGUUAUUUGAACAGUGCUCAUCUUUCUUUUUACUCUUUUUCUUUACAGUAAAGGCGUACCUAUAUAUAUCACUCUACAACGUGGAGACAUGGUUCUCUGUAUAUCUUCCUACAUCUCCUGGAUAUGCUUUAACUCCUUCGGGUAUAUGUACUUUACAGUAGAAAAAAG